CAUUCUUUGGAGGAUCCCUGGCCGCUGGGUGGCGGGCCGAGAGGCAGGGCGGCGGAGGAGGGAUCUGGCCGUGGAGAGUCCCAUCGAGUUCUAGGACUGGGAACUCCAGCCGGAUCUGCCCACGGCGGAAGCGCAGCGGCCGGACUCACACCUGCGUCCCUCGGAGCGCUCGCGACCUCAAGGCUUCCGGCCUUCGGGAGCGCGUCUGGGGCCGCUAUGGCAGCCGUCGCGGGCUGGCGGGCCUUCGGGUCCAAGGUGCCCGAUUGGCUUCGGCGCGGCCUGUGGGCUCCGCUCGCCGCCGGCUUCUGCAGCAAGGGGCCGCCCUGGGCCGGGCAGCGAGAGCCGGGGCAGCGACCCACCAGCGCGCAGCAGCGGGACGGCAUCAGGAGCAUUGUCUUGAGCAACCCGAAGAAGAGAAACGUGCUGUCGCUGGCGAUGCUGAGCUCUCUCCGAAGUGACAUUCUUUAUGAAGCUGAAAGCAAAGAUCUGAAAGUCAUUAUCAUUUCAGCUGAAGGGCCUGUAUUUUCUUCCGGACAUGAUUUAAAGGAAUUGACAGAUGAACAAGGUCCAGAAUAUCACUCUGAAGUAUUUCAAACCUGUUCUGAGGUCAUGAUGCUGAUCCAGAAUCACCCUGUCCCCGUGAUCGCCAUGGUGAACGGCUUGGCCACCGCUGCUGGAUGUCAGCUGGUUGCCAGUUGUGACAUUGCUGUGGCCAGUGACAAAUCCUCGUUUGCCACUCCGGGUGUGAACAUCGGGCUCUUUUGCUCCACCCCGGGGGUGGCCUUGGGGAGAGCAGUGCCGAGUAAGGUCGCCUUAGAAAUGCUUUUAACUGGGGAGCCCAUUUCUGCUCAGGAGGCCUUGCGCCACGGGCUGCUCAGCAGAGUAGUGCCAGAAGAGCAGCUGGAGGAAGAGACCCUGAGAAUUGCGAGAAAGAUUGCCUCCUUGAGCCGCCCUGUGGUGUCUUUGGGCAAGGCCACCUUCUACAAGCAGCUGCGCCAGGACCUUAGAACGGCCUACCACCUUGCCUCCCAGACCAUGGUGGACAAUGUGGCCUUGCAGGAUGGGCAGGAAGGCAUCAAGGCUUUCAUCCAGAAGAGAAAACCCGUCUGGUCACAGUGAACUCGCCAUAUGACAGGAGCGAGGGCAAGUGAGCCCCGUGAGCAGCGCUCAGGACACCCCCUCCCCGAUCUGAUCCCCAACCAUUGCUGCCUCAUGAUGGUAACAGAAGAGAGACUGCUUCUGUAACAUUCAGAACGGCCUCACUGUGUGUGGUCUGUAUGAUUCCAUGGGGAAAGGAUGAAGCGGAAAGUCCAAGGAAGUGUUAAUGUAAGGGUAGUGAGCACCUGUGCUGGGCCAGCUACGGUAGAAAGCCUGGAAUUCGAUACAGUUCUUCACAGGACUCGAAGUGAGGGAUCACCCUGACAUGGGAGAAGGUGAUGAUAAAAUGAGGCAUGAAAGAAGGAUGCCAACCUGCCUCUGUUACCAGAAAUGUCCCCUAAAGUGGAGGUAGUUCUGAUUGCUCCAGACGCAUGAACCCUUUCAAAUCUCCAUGAGAUAUUCUACACAUUGAACAUCUUCUUGGUUCUAUUGAGAAAUAAUCAUGUCUAUGGCUUUGGAAUAAUCUUAUGUGAGUUCCAAAGAUUAAGUAUUUAGAGAGGCUGGCAAUUUUAUCUUCAUAACCGACUAUAAGCAAUCUGAGAGGGGGAAAGUCAACUAAUUUUUUAUUUUGUAUGCCCAUACUAUGGAUAUACAGUGGGUGUCUGAUGUUUCUGUAGUGAAAGUCCCGGCCAUUGGAGCUACUGUGAAACAGGCACCUUGGGCCAAUCCUGAGAAUAAAAGCAUUAAGCGAAGCGGGAAGGAUGCAGAACACACAUCCUGCCCACUAAAAAUCACCUGCUCCAGACACACUUCCAAACUCUGCUCACCUGGUGAGGAUCCACAGUAGCACCAGGAGGUGAGGCCCCCAGCUGCCCAAGAGCUUGGAUUAGGACCUAAAUAUAUUCCUUUCUGGCUUCUGGUUCAUUAUGGCCCAUGAAAUGUUCUAAUCUUUUGUCGUCAAGCUUGCCCAGCUGUCUUACGUAAGAGUAGACUGUGUCCCUAAAUGUAGUUAGUACCUCAGCCCAGAUGAGAAUCGCGUGGCUGUAACCAGUGGCUCUCAGGGCAGGCAUUUCUUGGUAUGAUGUGCCUUAGUGUUUUCAAAUAUUUCUACUGAGAUUGGCAUUUGUUUUUUUCCUUCGCCAGUUUAGAAAGGUAAAAACCACUGUUUUCUUGGAGAGGAAGCACGUAUUCUAAGAGUGCCCCUCCUGAGCAGAGAUACCACCUGCUGGACGCCUGGCAUGUGCUACACUCUCCUUCAGUCCUCACCAGGACCACCCAGUGGAGCAGGUCCCACAGUGAUCUCCAUCUCACACUUGAGGGGGUAAUUGAGGCCCACUUGGUCCCAGCCGACACUGGAUAGAAUGAGGGCUCCAAACUCUUCUUGCCUCAUAAAGCCAUGGGGCACGCUUUCUCCUGGCCACACUGCCUCAUGUGGGAGGCCAGCCCAAAGAAAUGACUUUCCUGCUCCAUGGCAGCUCUCCGACCCAAAUAAUAGACCGGGUGCUCCUUGCUACAGAACUUUGCCAGUGUGCAAGGGAUGUCGGAUUUGAAUUAUUGGCAGACCACUAAUGGAGUUUUUACUACAACACUAAUAACGACCUGGCUGCAGCUCUAAACCAGGUCCUGAAGGAUGGAGCUGUCAUGGUUUGCUCAAAAUGGUGCUGUCAGUGGGCCCCCACCGCACCCUCUCUCCAGGCGGCCUGCUUUGGCAGUCCCUGGUGGUUGCCAGAUCACACAGUGUAGAGGAGAGGGUGUUACAAAAACUCUCUGGGCUUUCGAGGAAGUAACACGAUUUCUCUCGUUGGGCAAAUGAAAAGCAAAAGUCUCCACUGCCUGUGUGAGCCACACAAUACCCUCAAACCAUGCAACCCCGGGGCCUCUGGGCUGCCCUCCCAGCCUGUGAGCUGAUGUGCCCUCAGGGACUAGCUAUAAAUCUUUAGUCUCCUGUGUAUAAAAUCAUCCAGGAAGAAAGUCUGCAACCCACCCUCUGAUGUUAUAUAAUUCAUCCCAAGGCUAAUGUAAAUUUGGGGUUAAUUUGUAUCCACUUCCACUGGGACAUUGAAUGAAAAUGUUCUGAUAACCACAUGUGGUGACUGCCUUCAGAAAGUCUAGUAGAUUUGUCUUUCCCUGCACCAUUGUACUUCUCAGGGAGCGGUGCUGAGCUCAGCCCAGCGUGCAGGGGCUAGAAAGUAAAUGAGACAGGUGUUCACUCCUGCUCCUCUGGGCUAGGCACCUUUAGGAAGGCUGGCUUGUGCCCCGGGGAAUAUAAACAAAUGGAGUGAAUGACAGAUUAACUUUACACCAGAGAACUUGGUGAUUUAAUGAGCCUAAGCUCCUGCGCAGUCAAGCUUCCUGCCCCUCUGCUACCCAGGAGUUUCGGAGAAGUUAAGGCAUUUGCCACGGUGGAGCCAGUGUGUGGGCGUGGACCUGUAUGGUUGUGAAGCCAGGGCCCCUGCCUCCCGCACUAUAUUCCUCUCCGCUUAGCGAGAAGAUUGCAGUUCCAGCCUGGAGAGAAAGGCGACCAGUGUGCGAAGGAGGCCAGUCAGAAGUGGCACAGCCAAGGCAACACAGUUUGGCCUACCAAAGAGGAUUCGUGAAAAGAAUGACUUUGAAUACAAAGAGCGCUGAGUCCCAGGGUUGCCAUCAAGGAACUGUGUCACUGUGUGCAGGUGAUGUAUCCUCUUUUGCCAUUGAACACCAUUUUGACACCAUUGAGUACUUUUCCUCUUAGUUCUGACAUUCUGGGUUCCAGAAUACUGGGUUUGGAAAUUUGCUGUGAACUUGAAAUGAGAAGCUUGUGUUCAUAGAAAAAUGCUCUUUUAUGAAUGGAGAACAUGGGCAUAUUAUUUUUUGCAUUGAAAACACUGGACUACAAUUGAGAACAAGACCUCCAUCACAGACACUCCGAGCUUUUUCAGGCCGCACCAGAACCCUCCGAUGUCAUGGCCAGGAAAACCCUCCACCAGGCAGCUCUCUAUCCAAUCCGGCAGCUUCCCUUACUUUUGUUUAGGUGCAUCACUCAGCCAGCACCCUGCCCUCUCUCCUUCCUCUGGAACCGCCCCCCUCCCCACCCCGCGCCAAGAGCAGCAUUUUCGAGUGUGCCCUUGGAUGACCUGGACUGCCCCGGUGCGGAUUCCUGAGCUCCUCCCCACACCUCUGAAUCACAAAUUCUGAUUAUUAGGACCACCCCAAAAACAUGCAUUUAAAAAAAGAUUUCCAAGUGAUUCUGCCGCGCACUGAAAUGCAUGAACUACGGCAUCAGGGUGGGAGUGACAGGCCGCCCUGGCAGCGUCUACUGAAGUAGCGGGGCCUUAGUGAUGGAGGAGUGAGCAGCUGCUGGUGGCCUGAGAGGACUGAGGAGACUCACGCACUCCCAGGCGUCCCUUAAAACCUUCCACGUGGCCAGGGCGCAGGGCCUUCCCCAGCCCUCGGUGCUCAGACUUUUGGAAGCCUCACCUCCUAUCCCACUAAACAUCAGAAUACACCCCAAUUCCACAGUAGAUAUAAUUCUUUGUGUUAGGGAAGGAAGUUGAAUGAUUUGCUUUUAAAUUUAAAAAAAUAUAUAUUUUAUUAACAAUUAUUUCUGGGCAAUCACCAAGUAGGCAAGAAUUAAAUUCAACAUUAUUGAAGUUGAUGCAUAAUGGUUAAUAAAAUACUACAUUUCAGUCGGUCUUACAAGGGUUUUUCUUUCAUAUUUUGGAGCUCAAAACUUAUUUUUCAGGUCCCAAAUAGAGAACAUGAAAAGCUGCAGGCCAUCCAGGCUGUGCCUGCAGUAUCUUGGAUGAAACAGCCCAGCCCAUGAAGGCUCCUGGUUAGGGAGGUUGGCUGUUCCACAGGGAUAUGGGAGGAGGGGAGGAGGGGAAGAAGGGAGUGAAUCCGGUGUUAGAAGGUUUAUAUUCCCAGCGUGCAGCCUUCAGAUGUCCUGACUGAUUUUAUAUUGAUGUUUCCUUUGAAUCUCUUUUUCUGCCCAGGAAUGUUUAAGGACAACCCACAAAACAAUUUGCAAGUUGUUUAUUACACUUUUAAGAAAUAUUUCCAUCAUAUGUUGUAUGUUUUCAAUAUUUACUGAGUUCUGUAUGGAGAUGGUAAUUCCCAGUUUUAGACAUUUCUGGGAAUUUAGAAAAAGAAAAGUAGUAUUCAUCAAAGUGGAAUGUAAUUUAGAACUUAUCAGUGCUUAGAUUUGUGUUGUGAUUGCUCCAUGCCAGGCAGUGUGUUAAGCAUUUUGCAGUUAUUAAUACUUUAAUUCUCACCAAAGCUCCGUGAAGUAGGCUUUAUGAACCCCAUUAUACAGAUGAGAAACAAAAACACAAAGAUAUUAAAUGACUUGCCUGUCUUCACACAGCUAAUAAGCAGCAUGUUCUGCUCUGCUUUUUAGCUUUUUUCAGCUGAUUUAGGAAAUGUGGGCUAAGAAGUCUGAAGACCUGUCAGAUCAUGUAGCCUGCACAGGGGAGCGGGGUUUUGAAGGCCAGGACCCUGGCCUCCAGAGCUAGAAGACCAGCUUCAGUCUAGCUCUGAGCAUGAGCUUGCGAUUCCUGCACCAGGCGCCCUGCCCUCUUACCCACUUGUAGGUGACCACCACAUUGCAUCACUUUGCAGAUACUGUACUUCUGUUCUGCAUGAAGCACAUGGAAUUAUUGUUUUUAAUUCACAGUCCCCUCUCUCAUCCUCCCCGCGCCCCCAAGAAAAGCGUGCAUCCCUGCAGGGCCAUAUCAAUUCCUGUUCAUUUUAUAAAUUCUCAGAGCCUGGACACCAACCAGCAUAGAGCAGACUUGCUUGGACCAGUUCAAUGUGGCCAGGGUGCACUCCCCCUCACAGGCUACAUUACAAAGACAGGUGUUUCUGUUUUUGUUUUGUUUUUAAUUCUCAGACCACAUUUUCUAAAUCAGUUUCAGAAAGUUAAAUGCCUGAGCAGAACAUGAAUUGAAUCAGCAUUUUCUUUAUAGGUCCAGGGAAGUUGUAAUCAUUUAUUUGUGAAUGUAGGUCAAUAUUAGGAAGUCACACCGCUCACUUGGGUGAAAUCAGACCCAGGGAUUCUGUAACGCCCAUUUUCCUUUUUUUUUUAAUCUUUUUUUCUUUUCCUUUCUUAAAAUUUGUUGUUCAAGUGCAGUUGUCUCCAUUUUCCCACCACCACUUCCCCACACUCCAUCCACCCCCACC